AUGAACAUCGUGAGCAACAAGCAGGAGCACACAAACUUCGGGGAGUUUCCCUGGGUCGUGGGCAUUUACAAGAAUCCGAAUAUAUUCCUGGCCGGCGGCUCACUCAUUGCACCAAAGAUAGUACUGAGCUCGGCCAAGCAACUGUUUAGACUAAAGCAGUUGAAGGUCAGGGCUGGUGACUGGGACAUUGCGACAGACAAUGAGAUUCUGCCCUAUGAAGAGCGUGAGGUGCAGUAUGUUCUCUGUAAUGACUUUAACAUACGCACCAAUGGCAAUGACAUCGCGCUGCUUGUGCUUAAGCGCAAAUUCAACUCUGCACCACACAUUGGCACCGUCUGCUUGCCCGUUAGCGGGCCAUUCGAUUUGGCCAACUGCCGUGCUAUUGGCUGGAAUGAGAGUAUCGGUGGUGGGCGUGCCCUAAUGAUCAGCAUGACAAUGAACUUUACCCAAUGCGCCGCGGGCACAGAUGAGACCCUCUUCUGCGCCAAAGGCCAUCGCCGCACUCUCAGAUAUGCGACCGGAUCGGCGCUCGUCUGUCCCAAAUCCUAUGCGAGCGCCAAUCGGUACUACCAAAUCGGAAUCUGGAGCCAUGGAGACGGGCCAAGAACUCACAUCAUGUUCACAAAUGUGACCAAAUUAUUGACGUGGAUCCAAGAUAUACUUAGCCAUAUUUAA